AUGUUAACACAUGUUAUGGCACAUUUAUUUCGUUUAUACAAUCAUUAUACCAUUCAAAAUCCAUUCGAUGCUGGAAAAUUAAUAAUGGAUGGUAUGGAAAAGCAUUUAUAUGAUCGUAGUCUUCAAACAUCGGGUAGUGCAUGUUUAUAUUAUGUUGUUGAUAUGUUUCAAAAUGAAUCGGAUACAAUGUUAGAAAAAUAUCAUGAUUAUUUAAAACGAUUACUUAUACUUAUUCUUACAGCAAUGAAAGCUCAUAUUCAUCAUUCACCAAUGAUUCGUAAUGGAUUAUUAACUAUAUCUCGAAUGCAAAUGCAUUUACCAAAUCAUAUCAUGAGUGCAUUUGAACAGACAAUUAAUGUUCUUAUUAAAUUUAUUGAACUUUAUUUACAUGAACCUGUUACCCAUGAUCCACUUUUACUUCACAAUGCCUUAACAGUUCUUAAUCAUAUUGCAUGUAGUGUUGAUGGUCAAGAGAAAUUAUUUAUUGGACGUGUUGGUGUUAUUGAAAUUGCUAUUGAAAUAAUUCAUCGUUUCUUAAUUAAAAAAACUAGCUGUGAAAUAGUUGAAGUUGCCUGGACUUUACUAUGGAAUAUAACUGAUGAAACACCUGAGAAUUGUCGAAGGUUUCUCGAAGAUAAUAAUGGUUUACAAACAUAUUACGAUUGUUUAGAAUUAUGGUCGGAUAAACGUGAUCUUAUACGAAAUAUGUUAGGAUUAUUAGGCAAUGUUGCUGAAGUAAAAGAAUUAAGACAUCAUUUAGUUACUCCUAUGCAUAUGGAAAAAUUCAGAAGUUUAUUAAAACGAUCACAAGUAAAUGAUAUAGAAAUUCCAUAUAAUUGUGGUGGAGUUCUUGCAAAUAUUCUUUCCGAUGGUAUUGAUGCAUGGAAAAUAGGUUCAAGCAUUGAACAAGAAGUUGUCAAUCAAGAAAUGUGUGAUGCUAUACAAACAUGGGAUUUACGGAGACAACGAACAAUUAAUUAUCGAUCAUUAGCACCCAUUCUAAGAUUAUUAAGUGACAAUUAUCCAAGUGGUUGUGUUAUGUGGGCUGUUUGGGCAAUGACUAAUCUAACUACUGUUCUCCCGGAAAAAUAUUGUACAUUAGUUCGAAAUGAAGAUGGUGAAUCAUUAUUAACUCAAAUUUUAUACAGUGACAAAUUAACUGAUGCAAUAAAGAAUUUAGCUCAAGCAGCUCUUGCUAACGUUCAACGUUUUUAUGAUCCACCUGUUCCCAUGGAUAUUGCGCCUGAUGAUUAA